CGAUUCUACGAAUUCAUGAACGCGCUGCUUCGCUAAUUUUUAUUUAUUUGUUGCCUUCAAUGGCUGAUAAGGAAGGAUCCACUUCAUCGUCUACUCCUGCUCUUCCUACGGUUACACUUCCUCCUCGUAGUUCCAUAGAAAGUCUCUUCACCUCCGGUUCCAUGAUCAGUCCUGGUCCGAUGACGCUCCUCUCCAAUUUCUUCUCCGAUAAUGAUCCGGAUUCCGAUUUCCGCUCUUUCUCUCAACUUCUCACCGGAGCUAUGCUUUCCCCCUCCGCAGCAACAACGGACUCAAUUCAUAAUAACGAUACACGCCGCCACGGAGGAGGAGGCGGUAGUAACGAUUUUCAGUUUAAACAGAGUAGACCUUCAGGUUUAAUGGUUGCUCAGCCGCCUCUUUUCACAAUACCUCCAGGUCUAAGUCCUGGAAGCUUGUUCGAUCCCUCCGGAUGGUUCUCCGCCACUCAGCAGGGACAAUAUGGAAUUCCUCACCAUCAUCAUCAUCAUAAUCAUCAACAGGCUUUGGCAGUCACAGGCAUAUCUCAAUCUGCACAUGAGCCUCAUGAUCAACAGAAAUAUGAAGUGCGUAGAAAUACGAAAGAGGAUUCUUCUGGUCAAAGAUUACAGCCACCUUCCUUCAAUAUUGUAGUAGACAAGCCAGCUUUAGACGGAUACAAUUGGCGUAAAUACGGGCAAAAGCAAGUGAAAGGAAGCGAAUAUCCAAGAAGCUAUUACAAAUGCACACAUCCAAAUUGUCCAGUGAAGAAAAAAGUGGAAAGAUCUCACGACGGUCAAAUAACAGAAAUUAUAUACAAAGGACAACACAACCAUCACCAGCCAUCGCCUCAAGUUAAUAAACGCGGGAAAGACAACACAAAUGGGACUAGUACUUCUAGUCAAGUUACACAUGAUCAUCAAGAAGAUGAUGAUGAUGUUGUUGAUGACGAUCAAGAUCCUGAUGGCAAGAGAAGGAGAUUGGAAGAUGGGAUUGAAUCAAGUAGUGGAUCUCAGAGAACAGUUACAGAACCAAGAAUAAUUGUGCAGACGAUUAGUGAAGUCGAUCUAUUGGAUGAUGGAUUCAGGUGGCGUAAAUAUGGACAGAAAGUAGUGAAAGGAAAUCUUUAUCCGAGGAGUUACUAUAAAUGUACAAGCGAUGGAUGUAAGGUUCGAAAGCAUGUGGAGAGAGCACCAAGCGAUCGAAAAGCUGUGAUAACUGCAUACGAGGGUAAACACAAUCACGAUGUACCCGCAGCUAGAAACAGCAAUCAGCACAAUAAUAAUAUCAUGAGAAUAAACUCACAGCAGCAACAACAAGUGGCUGUUUUACAGUUCAAAGAGGAGCGCCUAUAA